AUGGCGCCGCUGAAGCGCAAACAACCCCACGACGACCCCGAACCUCCACCCCCCACCACCACCGCAACCGCCACGGCCGCCGCCGCCGCACCUCCCGGAGCACCCGACUCGACGCGUCGCGCAACGCGUCAAACCCCGAUCCUGCCCCCUCCGAUCCCGACCUCGCAAACGCAGUCCCAACUCCCGGCCGCCGACGACAAACGCCGCCGUCGCUCCUCGACAUCCACAAGACCGCACCCCCAAAAGAUCUCUGAGACGCCCAUCCCGAUCCCCGUGCCCCCGUCGUCGUCCUCCUCCUCGAUCCCACCACCAACCUCCGAACCCCGCGCCACCCGUCGAAAAAGCGGCGCGGCCGCGGAUACCACGCCCCUACCACCACCCGCCAUGGGCGCCGUCAAGGAGGCAAAGGAGAACGUCAGGCCCAUGACCCUCGUCGCCCCCAAGAUCACCUACCAGGCCUCCCAGCCGCACGCGCAGCACCGCACGGGGGGCAGCCUGGUCCGGCCCAGCCCGCCGACGAGCCAGCCGCCGAUAACGUCGCACUUCAGGCCCGUCCCGCGGCCCGGGCCGUACCACCACGGCAUACCCGCGACUGUCACGGCCGUCCCCGUCCCCGUGACGCCCUCGGCGCAGACGAAUGCGUCGUCGACGCCGAAGCAGCAGCCCGCCGCGCCGAAACCGACUCCGGCUGCGGCACCGACGAAAUCGAAAUCGUCGACGCCCCGGACGCUCGACAAGUCCGCCCCGAGGACGGACCGCAACAUCGACAAGGUCAUGCUCGGCAACAUCUGCUUCAGGGCGUGGUACCCGUCGUACUACGGCAAGGAAGUCCUCGGCGACGCGUCCGCGAGCGCCAAGGGAGGCGGCAAACAUCCCCCACCCGAUCUCUCCACCACCACCACCGGCGCCGGCGCGAAGAACAACCACCGCAAGGGCGCCGACGCGCCCAUCCUCGACAGGCUGUACGUGUGCCCCGUGUGUUUCAAGUACUCCAAGGAGCUGGUGGCGUGGUGGGGCCACGUGCGUGUGUGCGAGCGCGGCGGGACGGUGCCGGGGCGGAGGGUGUACACGCACCCGCGCGGGCGGCGGCUCGUGCGGCGGGAGGUGCCGAGGGCGGCGGGGGGCGGGAAGAAGGGGAACGUGGCGGCCCGGUUCACGGAGGAGGUCGUCACGGACGAGGGGGAGUGGAGCGUGUGGGAGGUUGACGGGGAGCAGGACGUGCUCUUCUGUCAGAAUCUCUCGCUCUUCGCGAAGCUUUUCCUCGAUAAUAAGUCCGUCUUCUUCGACGUACGCGGGUUCAAUUACUUCCUCCUCGUCUACACCCCGCCCCCGCCCCCGCGUCCAGCAGACUCCGCCUCCACAGAGCAGCAGCAGCCACGCCCGCACAUCGUCGGCUUCUUCUCCAAGGAAAAGAUGUCGUGGGACAACAACAACCUGGCCUGCAUCCUGGUCUUCCCGCCGUGGCAGCGCAAAGGGCUGGGCGCGCUGCUGAUGGGGGUCUCGUACGAGAUCUCGCGGCGCGAGGGGGUGCUGGGCGGGCCGGAGAAGCCCAUCUCGGAGCUGGGGCGGCGGGGGUACAAGCGGUUCUGGGGCGGGGAGGUGGCGCGGUGGGUGCUGCUGGGAUGUGCCACCAACAGUCUCGCGGCGCCGGAGAGGGAGUUGUUGGUCGAUCUGGAGGAUUGUUGUCGGGCGACGUGGAUCGCGGUGGAGGAUUGCCUUGCUACGUUGAGGGAGAUGGGGGUUGUCGUGGAGGGUGGGCGGGGGCCGGGGAAGAUUGCGAAGAGGAAGAGGAAGAGGGGGGAGGGGGAUGUUGAUGGUGGCGGAGAUAGGGGGGAGGGGGAAGAAGAGCAGGAGGAGGAGGAUGUGGAGAUGGAGGAUGUUGGAGAGGAACCGGAGACGAGGGAUGUUGCGAGGGUCAAGGUUGAUAAGGAGGCUGUUUGGACUUGGCUUGCUGCGAAUCGGAUUAGUCUCGAGAGGGUUUGUGAUCCGGAUGGGUUUGUGGAGGGGUAUGCUAUCAAGGAGAAGGAAGUGGAUGAGGAUGAGGAGUGA